AUGUCAGCUCCACCUAUUCCCGAAGAUUACACAGCAGUGGUAGGCCUUUCACGUCUUUUGGCUGCAAUGAAUAACUUGCCAGCGGAUGGGACUGGUAUUAAUCAGCUUGUUGAACAGUCACAUAACUUAAUGGGAACCUGGGUUCCUCCUGUAUUGAAAGACUAUAUUCUAGGAUUGCAGAUUAAUUAUUUCGGAGAUUACCCUAAUAGUACAGACCUUGCUCCCUCCAUAAUUUUCACAGUUGUAUUUUUCAUAUUCUUCUGUGCACAUUUAUUCGUAUUCUUUAUGAAUUAUUCUCGUGGACAUUACUUCUAUGUUUCAUUAUGCGCAGCUUUUUAUUGUGCUAUUAGAAUAGUGGGAUUUGCUCUAAGAGCAGUAUGGUCUCAAGAUAUCACUAAGGCACAGGUUGGUAUCUCCGGGGAGGUGUUUUUGAUCUUGGGUUCAAUCAUAAUUGUUUCCUUUAAUUUGAUCUUAGCCCAAAGAAUAUUCACAUGGAGACAUCCAGUUGGUGGAUCAAGAAAAUUAUUCUGGAAUACUAUGUUUACAUUAUAUGGUGUCGUUGCAGGAAUUAUUGCUAUGACAAUCGUUGCAGGUGCAGUUCCAACACUAUACUUUUUGAGUAACCAUGUCUACACGAAUUAUAAAAUCUGCACUGAAGCCUCUGCUAUAUUAAUUAUCUUGUAUUCGUUGACAUCUCUCAGUUUAAUAGGGUUGGCAUUUUUCUUCAAACCAACUAGUAAGGAUAUUAAUUUAUACACUUAUCAACCUUGGUGGAUUGAAAGUUUUGGGACUUUCUACUAUGUGAAAUCGGGAGAACCACAGAGGGCUGCCGCUACAUUCAUGAAAAGAAAUUCUAACCAUAGACAUGCCAUUAGAGUUAUUGCUGCCACUCACCAUCAUUCAAACAUGGUUGAAGGAUUAUCGAAUCAGAGAGGUGACUUAAAACACAAUCAUUCAAUGGCAAUACUUCUCAUAUCCACAGUUUUGAUUUUCAUUGGUGCCCUCUUAAGAGCAGUUGUUGUGUUCCAAGGGAACAUGCAAAAGAAUACUUCUAAUGUUGGUAAACCUGUUGUUAUGUAUAUAUGCUGGGGGCUUUUUGAGGUGAUAAUUAAUGUUUUAUAUCUAGUAGGAAGGAUCGAUCUCAGAUUUUAUAGACCAGGCAGAUUGCCAAAGGAAGUGAGAGAAAUUGUCACAGCUCAACAGAGUGCAGUGCAAUCUGAGAACGAGGAGGAUGAUGACGAGUACAUAGAUUCUUCCGGAGAGAGGACUCCCGUUGAAGCUCCCUAUUCACGUAGUAUGGAGAAAGAAGUCCACGACGAUGACGAUGAAAGUGAAUUUAGAUUUUAA